AUAGGUUAUGAUAAUGCAGCAGCGAUUGUUUGUAUACCUUUCUCUCUCUCUCUCAAAUUUUCACGCAUCAACUUUCUCACCCUUCAACUUCCUUGUAUAUAUAUAUAUAUAUACACGCAACUUUUAUCUGCUCCAAAUCUCUACCGAAGAUUCUGUUUUUCAUCCAUUAUCAACAAAAUAUCAAAACUCUCCGUCAUAUUUUCCACAACUUUCUCGCCAACCAAACAGGGACGGACGUUCCAGUAAAGAAUAUUCUAUUUCAAAAGCUUUCUGUGAGUGUGUGUGUGUAAUGGCGAAAAACGGAGCGAAAUGGAGGGUUUCGGGAAGUAUAUCAAUAAUUUUAUGGAGCUUUGCGUUGGCUUCAAUGUGUGUUUGGGCCGAAAGAAGCUUGAAAAUGGAAGGAUCAUCAAGCUAUAUUGAAAUCAGAAAAUCGGAUUCGGAUGAUUACUUUGUGAAGUUUGUUAAUUUCUUUUGGCAAUCAAUUCGAUCGGGUUACCAACAUAUUUGGCCGGAAAUGAAAUUUGGGUGGCGAUUUGUUGUGGGUACCAUAUUUGGAUUCUUUGGAGCGGCAUUUGGGAGUAUAGGUGGUGUUGGUGGUGGUGGAAUUUUUGUUCCUAUGCUUGACCUAAUUGUUGGGUUUGAUCCGAAAUCAUCGACUGCUAUAUCAAAAUGUAUGAUCAUGGGUGCAGCCGGCUCCACUGUUUACUACAAUCUUAAGCAACGGCACCCUACGCUUGAUAUUCCAGUCAUUGACUAUGACUUGGCAUUACUUGUCCAACCAAUGCUCAUGCUGGGGAUUAGCAUUGGAGUUGCUUUUAAUGUUAUUUUUGCAGACUGGAUGAUCACAAUUCUGCUAAUUGUUCUCUUUACUGCCACAUCAACUAAGGCCUUCUUCAAGGGUGUUGAAACGUGGAAAAAGGAAACCAUAAUAAAAAAGGAGGCUGCAAAGCGUUUGGAAGGUAAUGAUGGAGAAAAAGCAGAAUACAAGCUUCUUCCUGGUGGCCCGAGCAAUGGCGAUCAAAAGGAGACCAAGGCUUCUGCCGAACCAGAGGUCACUCUACUUGAGAAUGUUAGCUGGAAAGAACUUGGGCUUCUCGUUUUUGUUUGGCUUUCAUUCCUUGUACUGCAGAUUGCCAAGACUUAUACUGCUACUUGUUCAACAGCAUAUUGGGUAUUGAACCUGUUGCAGAUCCCAGUUUCCGUUGGAGUAUCUUCGUAUGAGGCAAUCAACCUGUAUAAGGGACGGAGAAUAAUUAAAUCGAGAGGAAAUGUAGACACUAACUUGCAAGUGCGCCAGCUGAUUGUCUACUGCUCCUGUGGUGUACUGGCUGGUGUAGUUGGAGGACUGCUUGGUGUAGGUGGAGGAUCUAUUUUGGGUCCACUAUUUUUGGAGCUGGGAAUCCCUCCUCAGGUUUCAAGUGCUACAGCCUCAUUUGCAAUGAUAUUUUCCUCGUCGAUGUCUGUUGUAGAAUAUUACCUUCUGAAACGAUUUCCAGUUCCGUAUGCUCUCUACUUCAUUCUCGUAUCAAUUAUUUCUGCCUACAUUGGGCAGCAUGUCAUAAGUAAACUGAUCAUUAUAUUGGGAAGGGCAUCUCUGAUCAUCUUUGUUCUGGCUGGCAUUAUCUUCAUUAGUGCAUUCUCACUAGGUGGGGUUGGCAUAGUGAACAUGAUUGUGAAGAUUCAGCAAAAUGAAUACAUGGGUUUUGAGAACAUAUGCAAGUUUGAUAAUUAGUAUUAUUAAUUGUUGAUGAUGAAUGACAAUAAUUGAUUCUAUUGUAUGCCAUGACGUACUAGUAUUGUUUUUCUGUAUGAAAUUUAUGUGCUGCUGGGUUUCUCAGAGCAGAUGCAGAAUAAAAGCAGUAAAAAGAGUAUUUUCUGGCU